ACGGAAAAUGAAUGGAUGGAGAUUUAGCCAAGAUCAUCCAAGAUUUAUCCGAGAUUAACUGUCCGAUAGCCAAUGUCUGACUUCAUUUCCCAUAAAGCCAUGCGGCUUUGAUGACGACAUUUCCACGCGACCAGCAUCAUCCAGUGGCAACAUUUUGUUGGGGGAAAGAAGGCAAAACUAGGUGUUUUCGCAUUAUUUAAAAGGAUUUGAACACUACGAAGGACGUCCGUGUGCUUUUGUUAUCAGUCUCCCUGAAUUUGAACAUUCGAGAUGUCUCUGGCCGACGAGCUCCUGGCGGACUUGGAGGAGGCGGGCGACGAGGGUGAGGAUGGCUUGUACCCAGAAGGUGAGGAAGGCGACAGCGAUGGAGAGGCCUCGCAGGGGAGGAACGACCGCGGGCUGGAGGACAUCCCCGAGGAGAUGGAAGUGGACUACAGUAAAGCGGAGAGUGUCGCGUCCAUCGCCAAACUCCGCAAUAGCAAACAAUUUUCAGACAUCACGGAGAAGAUAUCAGGAUAUGUCGGAAAGCAACGCAAGAACUCAGAUGUGUCAGGCCCUGUGGAGGCCGACCCAGAAUACAGGCUCAUCGUAGCGGCCAAUAACCUGACGGUGGAGAUCGACAACGAGCUCAAUAUCAUUCACAAGUUCACACGUGACAAAUACUCCAAAAGGUUCCCGGAAUUAGAAUCUCUGGUGCCGGAUUCUUUGGAUUACAUCCGCACAGUCAAGGAGCUGGGAAACAACCUGGAGAAGUGCAAAAACAACGAGACUUUACAGCAGAUCCUCACCAACGCCACCAUCAUGGUUGUGAGUGUCACAGCCUCCACCACACAAGGGUCUCUGCUGAACGAGCUUGAGCUGAAGCAGCUGGAGGAGUCGUGCGACAUGGCUCUGGAGCUGAACCAAUCCAAGCACAGGAUCUACGAGUACGUGGAGUCCAGGAUGUCGUUCAUCGCCCCCAAUCUCUCCAUCAUCGUCGGCGCGUCCACUGCCGCCAAGCUCAUGGGUAUCGCCGGAGGUCUCACCAACCUGUCCAAGAUGCCCGCCUGCAACCUGAUGCUGCUGGGAGCUCAGAGGAGAACGCUGUCCGGCUUCAGCAGCACCUCGCUGCUCCCUCACACGGGCUUCAUCUACCACUGCGAUGUGGUGCAGACGCUACCACCCGACCUGAGGAGGAAAGCGGCCCGUCUGGUGUCUGCAAAGUGCACGCUGGCCUCAAGAGUGGACAGUUUUCAUGAGAGCUCUGACGGCAAGGUGGGUUACGACCUGAAAGAAGAAAUUGAGAGGAAGUUCGACAAGUGGCAGGAGCCUCCACCCGUCAAGCAGGUCAAACCUCUGCCCGCUCCCCUGGACGGGCAGAGGAAGAAAAGAGGAGGCAGGAGGUACCGAAAGAUGAAAGAGCGUCUGGGCCUCACUGAGAUCAGGAAACACGCCAACAGGAUGACCUUUGCGGAGAUAGAAGACGACGCGUACCAGGAGGACCUGGGCUUCAGUCUGGGUCAGCUGGGGAAGAGCGGCAGCGGACGCGUCAGGCAGGCACAGGUCAACGACGCCACCAAGGCCAGAAUCUCCAAAUCCCUCCAGAGGACGCUGCAAAAGCAGAGCGUGACGUACGGCGGCAAGUCCACAGUGAGAGAUCGCUCGUCGGGGACCAGCUCCAGCGUUGCCUUCACUCCUCUACAGGGAUUGGAGAUCGUCAACCCGCAAGCUGCGGAGAAAAAGGUGGCCGAAGCCAACCAGAAGUAUUUCUCCAACAUGGCAGAAUUCCUCAAAGUCAAGAAGGAAUCCAAGAAGUGAAAUCUUUUUUAUUUUUUUUUAUUUUUGUUGGCAUUUUAAUAUCAAUAAAAUAUGUAAAGGUU